CGCCACACACAGACCCUUAGCAGUUGCACAUAGUCACAUUCUCAAUUUCCUCCGCGGCAGCCGCCGGCGACAGCUUCGCUGCAACAUCACUGCAACCGACGAAUAAGCCUUGUGAAUUGAAGAACUUAAUUUCUCAAGAGUAGGAAGAAAGAAGAACAAAGAAGACUGAUGUCUACCUUCAUUAGACGUGCAUUCUCCCACAGAAACCUUCUUCUCCUUCGGAGCUCUGCCCUCUACGGUCGUGAUCUCUCAUGCACUAUCGAAAAUCCCAUCAACAUAUGUAACUCUAAUAUUGAGAGGGUAUUCAGUGUCCCAGCGGCUAAUUUUAUCAUAGAAAGUCGCAGAGGCUUUGCCAAGGGACGAAAGUCAAAGGAUGGAGGUGGUGUUAGUACAAUUGAAGUUCCUCCAGAUGUUGGGCCUACUAUUAAGGCAAACGCUAUUUCACAGAUGGAGGCAGCAAUGUCUGCAUUAUCAACAGAACUAAACAAGCUACGCACAGGAAGGGCAUCUCCAGGAAUGCUUGACCAUAUCAUUGUAGAAACGGGAGGGAUAAAGAUGCCCUUGAACCGAAUUGCUGUUGUUUCAGUUAUAGAUCCAAAGACCUUAUCUGUAAAUCCAUAUGAUCUACAGACACUUAAACAAUUAGAGAACGCCAUUGUUUCCUCUCCGUUGGGGUUAAAUCCUAAAGUGGAUGGUGAAAGAUUGAUCGCUGUUAUUCCACCAUUGACCAAAGAGCAUAUGCAGGCUAUGAAUAAGUUGGUCACCAAGUCAUGUGAAGAUGCCCGUCAAAGCAUUAGAAGGGCCCGACAAAAGGCAAUGGACGCAAUCAAAAAGCUAUAUUCAAGUCUCCCCAAGGAUGACAUAAAAAGAUUGGAGAAAGAAGUUGAUGAAUUGACCAAAAAAUUUAUCAAAAAUGCGGAAGAUACAUGCAAGGCAAAGGAGAAGGAAAUUAGUCAAGGUUGAGCUGUACUGGUUCUCUGAAUUUUUGUGGAGGAUUCAACAUUUCCCUUCGCCACCUAGGAUGUAUCUGACCUUAUUUAAGCGUUAUUUCAUUAGUCUUGUGAUAGAA